GUGGGGUGAGGUGUGUGUGGGGGGUGGGAGGGUCUUCGUCUGGGGCUAAUGAAAAAAUACAUCCCCAUCCCAGUGUUGUGGAGGGCAGACACAGACGCUGUCAGCCCCUGAGCACCCUCUCACCCACACCCACCAUGUCUGAGCGUCACCAUCCGUCUAGCCUCCACUCCCCUGGGCAGUCUUCAGAGUUGUUGUUUUCUUCCUCUUCUUUUCUUCUCUUUUUCUUUGCCCCUUCACUCACUCACUCCCCCUCCCACUCACUCUCACUCUCUCUCUCGCUCGCUCUCUCCUCUUCACUCCUCUUCGCAGUACCUUGUUUUUUUCCAUGCCACUCACUGUUCCCCCUUUACCCCUCUUUACCUAUCUUCUCACUCCUCCUUGUAUUUAGCAACUCCCUCUCCCUCCUCUUUCAUCCCCCGCCUCUCCCCUUCCCUCCCUCCCUCCCUGCCUCCCCCUCUCCCUCUUCCUCUCUCUCUCCCUCUCUCACACUCUCGCUCUCGCUCCCCUUGCCUCUCUCCUCCUCAGUUGGAUUCUUCAGUCAGUGGACUGGAACUGUAGCGGCUGCUGGAAGAGCCGAGAGAGAAAGAGAGAGAGGGAGUGGAGGGUGGAGACGUCGAAGCGGUGUGUCUGGGUCAGACAGCUCUGUCGUUUCAUACAAUCACAGAGGAGAGAGAGAGAGUGAGAGGUGGGCAGAGAGAGAGAGAGAGAGAGAGAGAGAGUAAGUGAGCAAGAGAGAGAGAGAGAGAGAGAAAACUCAGCAGGAGAGAGGAGGUAGACAUGUCAGAGGAUGUGGUUUUCCUGAGCUUGCAGAACAUCGCACAGGCAUACUUUGAGCAUGACCUAAACAAGAGCACGCAAAAGUGUGUUUGCUGCCUUCCGUUAGCUGCAAGAAGCCACUCCGCAGGAGAGAGAGAAGACUGUGCCCCUGAUCCCGCUGGAUUUUGAGCCUAUACGGUCUUUAUUUUUGCUUCCUCUUCUCCCCCUUUUUGCUCCUUUUUUUCUGCCAGAAAGUCUCUUAUCUGAGCCCCUCGGCUCUUGGCAGGGAUCGCGGAGGAUUUGUGUGCGGCGUCCACCUCCGCUGCGUGCUGUGCUCCUGUCACUCCGCUUCAUGCCUCUCUCCGGCUGUUGCGCCGGUCCGCUUGCCCACUCCUGAUCUCUCGGACCAACUUGGAGGAGCCGCUUGUCACCACUUUCACAACAGGCCCAGACGUACUCAGGGGGGGCGAUGGGCUGUGGCCUGCGGAAGCUGCGUCAGUCAGAGGACAGACAGGACAGCCCGGGGAAGAUCUACUCCACGCUCAAGCGGCCGCAGGUGGAGACCAAAGUGGGCGUCGCCUACACCUACCGCCACCUUGACUUCCUGGUGGGAAAAGAUGAUGGCACGUCCACCCUGCAGCUGUCCUCGGUGCGAGAGCUACCUGCCCAGGUGCUGGAGCUGUACCAGCAGGGCUUCGAGCUGGCCGCCGUUCACCCCUUCGUCCACCCGUGCGGACCGGAGCCCGCCAGGCUCCAGCGGCAGCUCUACAGGGCCGUCCUCGUCCGCAUCGCAGACAGUGUGGAGAAGAGCCAGUCGGAGUUGGUUGAGUCGUGCAGCCUGAGACUGGAGGAGUGUCUGUCUGCGGAGCGCUCCCCCAGCACCGAGCACAUCCAGGGCUACGUCAAGAAGCAGAUCCAGGAUGCAGCUGAUCAGGGGAUCAUGUUUGUGGGCUUCAUCCAGGAGCCCGGCCGGGUCCGCGUCCACCUGUCGGCUCUCGGGGAUCCAGAGGAGCCCUUCCUGUCCCUGCACUCCAGCCCCAGCUCACUGCACAGCUCUGGGGUAGGACAGAGCCCCAGCCCCCUGGAGCUCACAGUCUCGGAGGAGCAGGGCAAGUCUGGCGGAGAUGUGCCCACGUCCCUGAAUGGGGAAGACGACCAGCCUGCUGGGGACGGCAGCAGAGGCGCAGACUUAGGAGGAGACGUGGUCGUGGAGGAGGAGUCCUCCGUCCCGGCGUCACCGUCCUCUCGAGGCUCGGACUUGGAGUCCCCGACGCACAACAACAACGAAACGAAAGUCUCACAGCGGACCAAUAAGCUGCCCAUCUCAGCGCCUGUGAAGAAUGGAAUGGAGCUCUUCGCCCUCUACAACCACCCCUGCAGCCGCGAUGCUCAGGUCAAGUACUACACCGUCAAAGUGCCUCUGAGAGUCCAGCCGCACGAGGAGGGCAUCCCCAACGUGGAGGCCAACUGGCUCGAUCACAUGACUCAGCACUUCAACAACGGAGCCUCGCUGGUGGACGGCUACUUCCAGCUGGGCGACGUCGGUAACGACUCGCUGCCCAAGCUGGUGGAGAGCGUCUUCAUCUUCCAAGAGGGCCUCGAGGGAGAUUCCAACACAGCCACGGCCUACGACGCCAUUGUGGUGGAGCAGUGGACUAUCAUUGAUGGUGUGCAGGUGAAGACGGACUACAUCCCCCUGCUGCAGUCGUUGGCCAUGUAUGGAUGGAGACUGACCUGCGUCCUGCCCACACCCAUCGUCAAGACCAACAGUGAUGGAAGUCUGAGCACCAAGCAGAUCGUGUUUCUCCAGAGGCCCGUCCUGCCACGCAAGAAGAGAGAAUCUAAGCUCAUCUUCAAAACACGCAACAAGUCCAACAAGAACUCCAUCAAAGACAUGCCCAAGGGCAAGAAGAAGAAGAACACGCCCACAACGACAGCGGAGCGGGAGCUGGACGAUCAGAGGAUCUCCGACGGCACGGAGAAGGUGGCCAAAGACGAAGAGCGCAAGGGAGCGAGCGAAGAGAAAGGAGAGGAGGAGGAGGAGAAGGAGGUUGAAUUAGAGGACAAAAUCAAACCGGCUAGGGCAGAACCCCAGACAAGAGAAGCAGGGGAUGAGGGAGUGAUAAAUACUGUGGAGGAAGAGAUAGAACAAGUGACUGAGAUAGAAGAGGAGAAAGGUGGAGAGGUUAAGAAGAAAGAGGAGGCAGAGGAAGGAGAGGAAGAUGGAGAGAAGGAGGACGACGAGAGGAACGACAGCAGGGCAAGUACUGAACCAGAGAUGAACGGAGAGACAGACAGGGAAGAGACAGACAGGAAACAGACAGACAGGGAAGAGACAGACAGGAAGGAGACAGAGUGUGAAGACACAGGUGAAGGGGCAGAUGAGGGUGGUCAGGAGUGAGGGAGAAGAGGAGACAAAAGAGGAGGGAGAAGGAGGCGCAGGAGAAGAGCAGGAACGUGAUCCCAGCACAGAGGUCAGAGAGGGGAAGUUAGACCUGGUCAAAGCGGAAGAGGUCGCCGUGCAACCGGAAGAAGGGGCAUUGACCAAUGGGAUCCUUAGGGAGGGGCCAGGCGAGGAGGACAACAUCGAGGUGGAGGAGUAAGACUUCUCCGCCAGCACAGACAUCAGCUGC